AUGUCCAUGGCCACACCUCCACCGUAUUCAAGUCAGCGCAGGCUAUCAGUUGACGUUGGAAGGCCAGCCGCGCCCUCGCCCGACCCUCCUGUAUAUUCAACCCAGCCGCAUGAAGACGAGGAAACUGUUGCAUCUACGCCGCGCGUGGGAUCCAUAACCCCUCAAGGGACAUUCAUUAGGCAAUGGGGUCAGGCAACCCUCAUUCUGAAAGACCAGGAGAAUGGUGCGCGGCUCCCAACGUAUAGUCGUAAUGGGAGAAUCACUGGGGAGAUUGAGCUGAAGAAUACGGAUAAAAUCAUUCGGGUCACUGCCAAGCUUCAAGGGCAUAUGAGUUUAUCAUCUGCAGACACUGGCUCAAUGGCGGCCUCUCUUGUAUCGGAAUCGCAGGUCCUGUGGAAGCAGCAACCCGCAGAUGGUACCACCACCGAUACCGCAAAUGACCAACGAUGUCCUUCAAUACUGCCACUUUACAUCCAGUUUCCGCACUUCUACGAAGUGGAGGGAAAGAAUUGGAGGUUGCCUCCCUCCUUUGAGGCGACAUUCCUCGGCAUACCUGCCUUGUUCGUCCGGUGUAUGUAUACACUCAGUAUCACGAUCACCAGAACGAGGUCCUAUCACCUGGCGUCUUGGACUACAAAUAAAACAUACAUGACGAUGGUCAAUUUUCGCCCUAGAACGCGCCCCAGUCGUCCCAUAAUUCUUUCUGAUUCCGUCUUCUCGUCCAUUAAGCCUGAUCCAGAGGAAUGGCUGCAGGUUGUGGCGACAAUGGGAGUUCGUCCAAAGGCCAAUAUAAAACCUAUAGAAUGCCAUCUAUUCAUACCUUCUGUUCAGACUUUUGCUCUCACGGACACGAUCCCGUUCCAUCUUCAGUUGUGUAGUUCCUUGGCCUCAUUCCGAGAAUUACUUCCGCAGUCCAGUCCGCAUUUACGAAUCACAAGCCCUACGCUUUCGAAGAUAGUGGGUGAUCCUUUCGCUCCAGACUGCACCAUCCGCGUCUCCAUCGCGCGGCAGGUGGUAAUUGAAAUCAACGGGAAAAGACGAUUCAGAACAUUUACUAUUGGAAUGGGAAAAAUGUGGUCGAUUCCACCACAAGCUACCGCGGUGAGCUUUGGAGAUCAUCGAGGAAGUGACAGUACAUCCGAGGAUCCAGAUGCAGACAUCAGUCUGGAUUGGCAAGGAGAAUUGAAAUGUUGGGGUGAAGUGACCAGCGGGGGGUUUAGUGUCAGCAACCUGAUAGUUAAGCGCGGAACUGGGCAUCGGUUCCGUUUCCCCGAAAAUAUGGCUCCCCUCAACGAAGAGCUCGGCGAGGCAUUGGAUAUUGAACGAAAAAUGGAUGUUUCAUAA